AUGAAAAGCUUUCAAGAAGCACUACAAAUGAAUCAGCUGCUAGACUUGGAAUUUGUGGGAUACCCUUUUACAUGGGCAAACAAGCAACCGGGAGACAUGAACAUUCAAGAGAGACUCAACAGGGCAAUUGCAAUAAUUGACUGGAAGGAAGCUUUUCCAGAGACAAUUGUAAAACACUUACAGAGGUAUAGAUCAGAUCAUUGUCCACUCUUAAUUGAUGUAACAGGUCAAGAGAACAAAAGAAUGAGAAAGAGGCCAAAUAUCUUCAAAUUUGAAGAAAUGUGGCUUCAAAACCAAGAGUGUAAAGAAGUAAUAUCCAAGAGCUGGUCGGGUAGUGCAGAACUUUUAAAAUGGAAGCUGGAAAAUUGUGGAAGAAAGCUGCAACAAGGGAAAAUAGAAUUUUGGACAACUACUAAAGAAGAUCAAAGAGAAGAAAGAUUCUGUAGAUCAUCUCACAACCCUCCUACAAUCUGA